UGAGACACAGUUUAUGACAGAGAAGCUUCGCUUUUAUUGACGUUCCGCUAAAACCCGGCUGCUGUUUUCUCUCUCAGUCAGUCACUCUGUGAGAAAUUGUUAUUAUCGCAGCGGCGGCGGCUCUGGACAUGAUGUCCGCCUGCUGCUCUGCCUUCUUCACCCUCCCGGUCGACAUUUCAUUGAUAGGCACGAACGGUGACCGUCCACCUCAAUAUAUUUCCCCCCUCUCUCCCUCUCACUCGUCGUGUAAAGCAACUGUUUCUCACUGAGGUGGUAUGACUUAACCUCCUCCACCUCCUUCUCCUCCUUCACCACCUCCUUCUCCUCCUUCACCUCCUCUCCGCAUCUAAUCGCCGUUGUGUCUCGAACGAGCAAACUAGUCGCGAGGAUAUUUAUUGUUAAAAGCCCGGGAAUUUUGUCAACGGCUGUGCGCGAGAGCGUUCCAUGUCUAUAAAAGCCGUUGACACGUCCAGUUAGCAGCAGUCUGUGUGUGUGUGUGUGUGUGUGUGUGGAGCGGAGCGGAGCUAGCUCGGCUAACUAGCUACUUUUUUUUUUAUUCCUUAGUAACACUGCUCGAAAAUGGAGCUACUGCCCGGUAAAACGUUGCCCACAGACGCGUGUGCCCGGACAGAAAACACCCAGUUUAAUUAAUCAUUGUGGAUGUUUUUUUUUCUCCUCCGGAGCCGGGGAGACAUUUCGACGACAUUGUCAUCGGGGAGAGUUUGACAGCAGCAGGAGUGAAAUAUUCUCCACUACUGUUACUGUACUUCGCUUUUUUUUUUUUUCUUUCUCCUCCUCUAACCAAACCAAAGCAAGAUGGACUCUCUGUCUCUCCUCUCUCUCAUAUCGGCUUGUCUGUCUCUGUCACAGCGAGCUCACAUCGACAUUUUAGCACGGGGAUGAAAAUGUGCUGUGCGUAAAAAAAAAGAGAGAAGAGAGGAGGUAGGAAGCACGUUAAAGGUCCGUUCGUGAUAUUUUGUGUGCUUGUUAUUAGCCUCGAUACAAGUCCAAGUAAGACUUCAGGACAAGACAGACAGAUCGGGCAUCAGCAGUUUUUUACCUGAGAAGUAUAAACCUCUGCGCAGCAGCAGAAAAACACUCCCCUGCGUUAUGAUCUAAGGCUGCACGGUAGCUGUGUGUGAAAUGCAUCCAGUGGUCGCAGGUCGGUUUUUUGGCCUACAUGUUUUAGUUUUUGGCCACAAGGGCGGAUCGGCUGCACAAUUGGAAGUGAUCGGUCAUCGUCAUUGCAUGACAAAGGCUCUGUGGCAGAUUCAUCUUCAUCACUCAUAACAGCAUUUCCAUAGUUUUUGCCUCAGUGCGGUAGUACCAUGAAGGGUGGAGGAAGGGGUAAGGAGCCACCUGUCGCAGGGGAGGUCACUGGCAAGCGCCCUAAACGCAAAUGCCUGCAGUGGCAUCCCCUUCUCUCCAAAAAGACUCUGGAUUUCUCUGAGGAGGAAGAGGAAGAGGAUGAAGAGGAGCUGGAAAAGCAGCCGGUGCUGUGCGGCCCGGAGCAGGGCUCGCAGGUGCAGUGUGGAAGCACAACAGAGGAGGUGGAGGAGGACUCGAGCGAACAGCGGGCACGGCGGCCGAUGAACGCCUUCCUCCUCUUCUGCAAACGCCACCGGUCGCUGGUGCGACAGGAACACCCUCGCCUGGACAACCGCGGGGCCACCAAGAUCCUGGCCGACUGGUGGGCCGUGCUGGAGCCUAAAGAGAAGCAGAAAUACACUGACAUGGCCAAGGAGUACAAGGACGCCUUUAUGAAGGCGAACCCAGGCUACAAGUGGUGUCCCACCACCAGCAAACCAGUAAAGAGCCCUUCCUGUCAGCCAGUCAGCUCCCCUCGCAAAAAGGUUUGGUCCUUCUCUUCCAAUUCAACCAAGGACUCCACCACUGCCAAAAAAGUGCCCAAAACUGACAGCAUGCCACAGUUAAACUUUGCCAUGGCAGAUCCUACAAAGAUGGGAGGCCUUAGCAUGCUGCUGUUAGCUGGGGAACAUGCCCUCACAAACAGAGAGAUCCCUUCCAGCACUAAACCUAGUUUACCCGACACAGCCAGCGAAGGGAGCUCCUUUCCCGGGGAUGAGGAAGAGAUGUUGUCUGGGACAAUGCCGAACAGAGUGCCUGACGUUACUGAAAGCAGGGUCAAGUCUGCCCUUUCCCCACUGGCAGAGUCGUCUCUCUCUGCGGCACCUGAAGGAAAACCAUGCAGACAGUCCGCUCUCUUCCAGCUUGCUGAGAUGUGUUUAGCGUCUGAAGCUGGAAAGAUGGACACGGUGGAAUCUCAGCCUGAGGACAGCUCGUCUACAGCGUCUCUCGAGCAGACUCCAGUCAAGCCAGAGAUCAAGGAGGAGAAAGGAGACGCAGACGACUGUCCUCCCUCCUCUCACACAUCGGCCCUCUUACCUUUGCUCUCCUCUGUCUCUUCUACCUCCACUGAUGCCAUUCCCCCGCAACUCAGCAGCCAAAACGCACGUGUCAAAAACAAGAGCAAGAAAAAAGAAGCGGCCAAGUCAAACGACGACGAUGACGUCCCUUGCUCGACAAAGAAGAUCGUCAAGAAGUUGAACCAUGCAGAAUCGAACGUGGACAGUGUCUUCAGUACGAUUGAGGCUGUGGCCAAAGGGGCCUGGAAGGACACAGAGGAGAAGCCCAAGAAGAAGAUCCAGAUGAGCCCUAGUGCAGGAAACUCUGGUGUGCCCAAAAAGAAGAGUAAGCCCAAAGUCAAGCCUUUUGUCAAAGAGAAAGAGGAGGAGAUGGACGAGGGCAGCGGGCAGUGUGGGCAGUACAGCUCCUGUGAAGUGGAGAUGAAGGAAGACGUGGGCGACGCUAGUCCCAAGACAGAAGGAGACGAAGCGAGUAUUGGAAGCACAGACCUUCAGGGAAGCAUGGCAGAACCCCAGCACUCCCCCGACAGCCCCUCACCUGCUAAACUCAAAGAGGAGGACAAGGGGAAGGAGAGGUCGGCUGACGGGACCUGCGAGUCGAGCGCAGAGAGCCGCGGCUCCAGGAAAUCCGAGCGGAGCUGCAAAGGCGCCUUGUAUAAAACCCUCGUUUCUGAGGGGAUGCUGACUUCGCUGAGAGCCAAUAUUGACCGAGGUAAAAGAGGCGCUUUCCGUGCUUCUGAUCACGAUGCAAACUGGAGUGACGACAGCUGGACGGUUGCUCAGAUCGGACCGAAUAACCCCAAGAAGCUGAAAAAGUCCAAGUCCAAAGAUGACUCCACACAGGGCCUCGGGAAGCUGGAGGAGGAGUUUGAAAGGAAGUUUAACAGCCUGCCACAGUACAGCCCGCUGACUUUUGAUAAGAAGGGGACAGCCGUCGCGAAGAAGAAGAAGACAGACAGUCCAACUGUCCAGGAGGAAGUCUCCAAAGUUGGAAAAGGUCCAUCUCCAUCUCAGAAAAAGACUUCAUUCCACAAGAUUGUUAGGAAGCACAAACACAAAAAGGAGAAACCAGGUGCAGUGGACAAAGUGGCACAGAGCGAUUCCAGCGCGCUGGAUUCAGCUUCCAAAGCCAAACCGUGCGCCCCCGUUUCCACGUCGACGUGCCCAGACGUCCAGAGCACCGCGAACAUGGAGAUGCUGGUCGGCAGCCAGAAGAGGAAGGCGAGGAAGACCAAGAUCACACACUUGGUGCGCACAGCUGACGGCAGUGUGUCUCCAGUCGAGGAGGACAAAACUAGGGACCUGAACCAGGAACAGGAUAAGAAGCCAUUACCCCAACAGAAUUUAUGCAAUGACAAAGGGUGCUACAGUAAUCCCAGAGCAGAGGAGGCCGAGCGGAGCACCGUAUCACAAGAGCUACCUGCUUUCUUCAGCUUGACCGCCCUCGCUGAGGUGGCAGCCAUGGAAAACGUUCACAGAGGCCAGAGAGGCUUGGCCGAGAGUCAGAAGAAGGAGCUCGCCCAGACUCCGGUCCUCAUCUCCUGCGCUGAUCAGUGAGACUCUGUUUCUGUCAUGAGAAGCCACAACAUGGACGUUGGCAGCGGAGCUUUACUUUCCUCAGUGGUGACCCCACGCUAAAGGGAGACCUGAUCAGGAAGCUUCGGACGGACUCCACCUUCCCCUCGUGGUGAAUUUGCUUGAGCUCGGGUUCAUGGUGGAGGAAAGAGAGACUCUCUCCUCCUCCCUGCUCCUCACUAUCUCAGUGUUCCCCCCCCUCCUCCUCCUGAAGCCUCCCUUUGGUUUAAGGGAGGAUGCCUUUCACCCUGCCCUCCUCCCUGUAGAUGCUCUGUGGAAGAACCAAGCUGUCCCCCCCAGUGCAUGGCUUCCCUUAUAGAGAUGGUUGUCAUGGGUUUAUCGUACACCAUUUUGUCAGAUAGAGGCCACUUUUAAGGUCUUACGAUUUAAAACUAGCAUUUUAGGUAGGGAAAGAACCCAACACUGCAUUGGUUUUCUAGACGAACACAGCUUUCUGUUACCUUUUUACCUCACACACGCCUACUGAAGAGUUCCCUCCACCUCUGGUAGAAUACCUCUGUAUUUGAAUAGCUCUUAUCCCUUCCACUCCUUCCAGCUUCAGCCCAAAAUGACUUUCACCAGGGUAAAAGAUCACGAUGGAUAGACUUACCGAUACUUCUUAAUGCUUAGUGUUUCCCUGCGGUACACUGACGCGGUGUGCUCAGACUACGGAGAAAUCAUGGCUGAGUAUUUGAUAUGUACGUUAAGAUGAUGCUACUGUAAAACAGUAUGUGGUAGCUUCAAAUAAUCAUGUUAGACUGAAUGUGUAAGAGUAGAGUAGAGCGUUAACUAUAGCGGAGGGCGUCUGUCUGUCCUGUUUAUCUUUAAGUAGUCGGCUCACAGCUCCCCCUCCGGCUUACGAGGCAGUAGGCAGGCUUCGAAACUGCUUCACGCGAUGGGGAGGUGUGUGUGUGCGUGUGUGUGCGUGAAAGUGAUUCAAAUAUAGCCUUAACCCUCCCACCUAGACCCGCUUUGCCGCCACAAAGCCCUCGACCAGCUUCUUGCUCGACGCCAUCACCACAGUCCUGAAGUCAGCGUGAACGUUUCUGAAUAGUGAAAUGCAGUUUUUGUUUUAUAUACUUGAUCUUAUUGCAGUUUGCGUAGCAAAGGUAGAAAAAGGUUAAUUCCUCGUGUGCAAAUGAUUUCACGGAAUAGGCGUUUUUUUUUGUUUUCGUCGUUUUGUUUGUUUAUAACGUAAAGACUGCACUAAUUUGUAGCUGGAGUUGGAGUUCCUCUUGUGAGGGUAAUGAAAUGCCUUGUCUCCACCGCUCAGUGUUUUUUCCAAUAGUGUCUUCAGGCGUUUCAGGAGUUUGUGAAUGAAUUAUUUAGUUUUCUAUGAAAUUUCUCAUCAAAUGAGCGAUUUGGAGGAAAAAAAAAAAUCUAGUUUUUGUGAUUUCGUGCAGAAAUAAAAAAAUGAUUAAAUUAAUCUGUGAAAUGUCGUUCCUCUCUGAGCGGAUGGAGACAAGGCAUUCGAUCAGAAUUUCCCCUUUUCUUUUAGAUUUUAUUGCCGAGUAAUGGUCUACUCAGAGGCUCGCGUGUAACCCGUGUUAUUUAUAUUUAGAUGCAUCUUUUUAUUUUGUUUUUUUGUAACGUUUGGUCAGAAUCAUUCCAUUCCCACGCCUCCGCGUCUCGGUCCUACUUUUGUUUACGGUUGAUCAGCUGUAGUCGGAUUUGGUUUGUCGUCUUCCCGGAAACCUGGAAGAGCUGCUAUACAGGCUGACGGAGGUCACCCUCCUCCUCCUCCUCCUUUAGCUCCUCCUCUGUGUAGACCAAUACUUUAAUUUAUCACGUUUUUUUUUAGUCUCAGUCACAUCUGUAACUUUUUUUAACUAGCUCUUUGUUUUUUUUCCUUCUUCUGUUAACGUGGUGUGCUUUUUAUGAUGUUAGGUCGUCGUUAUGAACUUCAGUGUUGUUGUUUUUUUCCUGAGGUCAAGUUUACUGGAUCGAGAAUGUUGUCUAAAAGAAAAAGGAGCUCAUGGACGAUGCAUCUAUGCUUAACUGCUAAGCAAACAGGCACUGAGAAAAACUGCACCGUCUGUCUCUAGACAAUGAGCUUGCCUCUUUUUUUUUUCCUCACCUCUGGAGGUGUGUGUGUGUGUGUGUGUUUGACUGCGACUGCAUCACCAUUACUCGGACACGUGUUCAGAGAGAGUUUUCGAACGGGUCUCGGAGAACUCGUGCAUCUUGAAAUAGUAUUUUUCCUUUUUUUUUUUCCUAAAUCAAGGCAUUGUUACAUGUUUUAAUAAUGUUUUCGGCUUCUAAACGUAGGCCCGCCCGCCUCGUGUGAUUUAAAAUAAUGCAGCGCAUGCAACAAAUCUAUAAUUCUAAAUUUGUCCUAACGACUAACUGCAAAUGUUUCCCAGUUAAGCUCGAGGGAAGCACAGUAUGCUUGACGAUAAUCCUAAUAAGAAACGGUAUAUAUAUUUUUUCAACAAAAAAAAGUUUUAAAAAUAAAAAAAGGAGGAUGAAAUCAUCCGAGCAGUAAACUGUAUAGUUCUUCCACCGGUGGACAUCAAGCGUAGACAUCGUCUUCCCCCCCCCCACGACAUAGAGAUAUAUUUGCUUACAGCAAGUGAGUUUAUUGACAUUUGCCAAAGAAAAGGGAAAGAUAUAUUCAAAUGGAAAUCCUGUUUUUCUUUUCUUUCGUUCUUCUCUUAAAGAAAGCUAGUCUAACAGUUGCACUGCAUUUUUUUUUUUAGGUGUGUAAAUCUUCAGGUAACAAUAUCAGCACAAUUCAUCCUGUGUAUCUUUUUAAAACAAAAAUAAAAACGGGAUUUCCUCGGUGUGUGUUUUCGAGCCCAGAGUUGGAAUGAAAGUGCAACAAAAAGGGCACCGCUCAACGCCUCUUUUAAUAUCCAGUAUUUGCACCUUAACGACCCCAAAAAAAAACCAAAAUGAUCAUGGUCUUUGGAGAAAAAUAUAUAAUUUUUAAACCCACUCUAUGGAAAUUAUGCAUUUUAAACUUAUUCUAUAUAUGCGAGAAUCCAAGUCGAUAACAGAUCCACGCAUCGAUCAAACAGCCAUAAUACCGUCAUCUCCCACCCACUUCACUUUUUCUAUCUAGAAAAAUGCUUCUAUAAAGUUGAAAUUCCUAUAUUAGUUACCUAAAUGACUAUAAUACCCUUUUGUGCUAGUACUGUCUUCUUGAAUGUAAUCAUUUUGUACCUGUAUUUUUCUAAUUCAGUCUUGAUUGUACUGUACGUAUGCUAUGAUGGUAUACUGUUCCUUAGGUGCAUACUAGUUCGUUACAAACCAACAGUUCUCAACGACAGGAUAGCUGCUGCGCCGUGUGGAGGUUUUUAAGUCCAAAGGACUUUGUGUAAACCACGUGACCCAUCCAUGAGACUGAUAACUUAAGAGAUUCUUGCAUUUUUAUUUUUUUUUGUUUUUUGAGAGAGGUAGAAAAGACGAAAGCUUUCCCUCGUUCUUCUUUUUUUCCUUUGCAGUAAAAGUGAAAGUCUGUUUCAGGACAGUUUAUAAAAAACAGGGACGCUCCUGCAAUCACGUAGAACAAUUGAAUGCUUGAGUUUCAACUUAUUUAUUACUGUUCCUUUUUUUUUUUUAUAGGUUUAGCUGAAUAAAAAACAAUGAAAUAUACAACUGAAUAUGCAUCCAUUUAUACAUGAACGUGUAUAAGAGUAUCUUCCCUUUACUGGAACGUCGAUCACGGCUUGUUUUUGUUGGCGAGAUCUUCUGCGUCUCUCUCUCUCUCUCCUCUGAUAGUUUGUACGACAUGUGCUUUAUCUAAUUUAUGUUCUUGGUGAUGACAGAAAUGUUGUUUUUUCUUCGAUUGUCACAGCCCAGUUGUUAAAUGCAGCCUUGCCUUACUGGAACCCCUGCUUAGUGAGGGAUCCCUUAGCCAACCCCCCGACCCCUCCGCACCCUCACCCACAACUCUUAUGUCAUAACACUGUUUGCUGAUGCAACUAUUAUUCCUUUUACACUUUCUGCUGACGCGACUAUUACUUCUUGAACACCUAUUAAAAUAACAUCUAUUACAUCCGUGUGAAAA